UUUUUCGAUUAGCUUUGUCACUGUAAAAAAAGUAAACAACUGUAGAAGAGGAUUAAGUAAAGCUGGAUAAUCUACGUAAAAACAUUUACUUUAAGUGAUGGAUAGUCAAGCACCGAUUGAUGAUCUAUUAUUGGACAUUGUGGACAAUGCUUGGCGCAUGGAAGCACUGCCAUACGAUCAGAUACUAGUACCGAUUGAGAAAUUGCCCGAUCCAGAAGCCGAUGGUGGUGAUUCACAUCUAACUUUGAGCGAGCAGGAACAAAAGUGGACAGACUUGGCGCUUGGCUCGCUGGCACCGGAUGCUGCUUUAAUCGAUCAACUCAAUAUAACAGCUAUCUAACCAAGGACGAGCAGCCUCUGUGGUGGCACGUCCCCAACUUUACUAAUACCACAAAUCUUAUUUAUAACACCCCAACAUGAGUAG